GGCUGCCAUAAAUCGUCGAGUUCCAUUGGCAGUGGAGCUGAAUACGCAUGCCGUCAAGACCUGCGGUGAUCAGAAUAGCGUGCUCGAUGCAUCGCUCAUUUUCGAUGUCUCAACGAACGCUCCAUGAGCUCUUCGUGAAUGUUCCAUUAGAAGACAUUCAGUGGUAGUUGGCUCUACAUGUAUGUAGUUGUUGAGUGUUAGCGACGGAGUAGAAUCGCUUCGUCGAAGAAUAUCGAAGAUGUUUCUAGGCCAGAUUGAAUCGCUGGUGACCUACAUGGUAAUGUUGAGCACCAACCUGUAGAUGUCUCCGGUCAAGAAUCCAACGGUGCUUCCGACUAUAUGUUGAGCAAUACAAGCCUCAUAAUCAUUGAGUGUCUUGUCAUCGGCAACAUGUCGGCCGCUGCUCGCAAGAACGACACAAGCUUGGAAGCAGUCGAGAAACGGGCUCUGUUUACCCAUAUCUACCUCGUCCAUCUCGAUCAAUCACGUCACGACCUUUACGCGAUCUACCACGGCUUCCCUGCCGGUGUUGACAUGCCCUCUCAUCUCAAACUUCCCAGCAUUUCUGGAUCAGACCGCGACACCAAGAUUGAACAGCACGUCACUAAACUUCUCUUUGAAGAAAGAGACAAGCUGUGGCACGCAAAAUCAGGAGAGGAUGUAACAGUCGUUGCAGAGAUACGUGCGACGAUCCCUGUAUACGAUGUCAGCAGCAUUGAUCUCUCAAUAACCACGCGUGAGGAGUUUGAGAGAAGGCUCGAUUUCUACUGGUGGCGUGUACGCACCAGCUACACAGCGUACAGAAAGAGCUCUGAUAAGGAGCAGAAGAAGUUCAGAGUGGAUAUGACCACUGCUGCUAUUAGCAUGAGAGCAAAAUGAGAGACAAAGCUGGACAGAUGAUGAGAGAGGACUCUUUUCAUGGCCUUGCUUGCUAUAGUCGCUAGGAACGAAAUCAUGCAAAGAACGCUCUUCGCAAUACACACACAGGGACUGAAAAUGAAAGGCUGUACGUUUUGGCCACCGAACACUGUUGUCAAUGUGCUAUAAGGCUUUUCUACAGGACGACUG